UAUAUCAUUGUAAUGUCACGACAAAAGUUACAAAUGUUUGAUUAAUCUUUUAUUUCUUUGUUUAAUAUAUUUGUAAUUUCAUAAUAAGUAGCACAAUAAUGCAAUAAGAAGUUUCUCAAACCGUAAGGAUACCAUGGCUAUAAAGUCAUUACGAAGUAUCUCAAGAGGAAAAUAUGAAAAUAAUCCAAACACGAAUGAGAUUAAUGAUAAAGAUAUAUCCAAUUAUUUUAAUCAUCUAAUUAAAUCAAAAUUAGAAAAAGAAAAAGCAACAAAGAGCAAAAUUAAAGAGCAAACUGCUGUCACGUCUAUUGGUAUUUCUUUAAUUCUAUUAUUUAAAUUGCUGCAUUUACACCUUCAAAUACUAUGGCAGCGUAUUAUGUACAAAAUAUUAAUUGUCCUCACAAAAUGAAUCCAUGGAAUCCAUUAAUAGCUGCUGGUCAUAUGCCAGCACCAUAUUACGGAUUACGUUUAGCUCCUGUACCUGUUAUUGUAGAUCCUCAAGUUAUAGCUAUGCCUGUAUAUACUUACACUAAUGCGAUCAGACCGUAUCCAACCACAGAUGUUUUAAACUUAUCCUCUCACAGUUACAAUGAAUCGAUAAGGGAGCAUUCUGAAGAACAAGUUGUUCCUACAACUAUAUUGAAUUAUUUACAAGAUGAUAUUAAUUAUAUAAGACCAGAAGAAAAUACUAAUAUAGAUAAAUCGAUAUUUAAUAGGAACACAAAGAAAAAUUAUGUUGUCACCGAUACCUUGGAGGACUAUUUGUCACUACCGAGAGAAUUAUUUCCGCCAGCAAGAACGAUUAUGAUUGAUCCAAAUCCUGUUAUUGAUGUUUUUUGUAAAGUGAAAAAUAUUAUCAAUCACGCUCCGUGGUUGCUAGAUUUGGAAUUCGGUAUACCCAAAGCGCCAAUUACCCGUCCAUUACCAUUAUAUAACGUUAAAUUUAGUAGCAUUAACUGUAAGAAUACUCCCGAUGCGAUACAUCCAGGAUUCGAAAUGUGUUGUCCAGAAUUAAAAAAAAUAAUACAAUUUUGUUACGAUUGUGUCAUAUCCGCCUGGUAUAGAGGAUACGUUGAAUUGAAACAUGAUAAGUCUGUUGAAAACUUUCAAUCGUGGUUAUUAUUGCCGAUGCAAGUGCUCGGAAUGUGUUGGCCGUAAGUUUUAAAAAUAGCUCAUAACGCUCUCUGGUCUCAAAGUAAGCAGAGCUUGAACAAGUACUGGAGAGCAUUUUUUGUGAAUACUCGUACAUACAUAUAAUAUUUAAAUUUUCCAAAUCAAUACAAGCAUUUGUAUACAAAAUAAAUAGGCCAUACACCAGUCAUAAUAUUAUUUAGUUAGUUAUUUAUCAAAUUAAGUUACAAUAGUUUUUGCUUAAGUGUUAUGUACAUAUAUAUGAAAUAAUGUAAAU